AUGGUAUACUGCGGUAAGCCGUCGAAAGGCUGUUCCAAUUGUCGUGAGCGUAAGAUCAGGUGUGAUCAAAAAGAGCCCGGCUGUGGCCAGUGUGAGAAGCGACAGCAACAAUGUCCUGGCUACCGAAACCUCGUCGACCUCAUGUUCCGAGAUGAGAGUUCCCACGUCAUCAAGAAAGCCGCCAAAACGAAGGCAAGGGGCCGCUUAAAGAAUGCACAGGCCUCGAGUGCCGGAUCGUCUUCCGAAAAUGUAGUAGCCAGCACCGACCCCGAGAGCUCCGAUCCGAGUCCUGGAACGGCCGUGAAGACCGGCGUUCGGCGCCAAUAUCCACCUCGUCCCAUGGAUACCACAAUGAUGACCAUCAGGCAUCGGCCACGUCAGAUCCAAUGGUCUUCCUCCUCCUCCGAUAGCGAUGACGACGAAGACGGUCUAUUGCCAUCUUCUCCAGAAGAUGGGCCCUGGUCGACGGCUCCGCAGGCAAGGCCUUUGUACUCUCUGUCGCCCUCAUACCAGGAACGUGGCACGGCCUUCUUCUUUUCUCGCUAUGUCUCCAUGGACGAGAAUGCCUGCCAUCAGAACUAUGACUUCAUCUUUGAUGUCUGGCGUCCUGCCAGCAUGCUGCCCAGUCGACAAGCGGACGGCGUGAUGGCGAGUGUUGCCGCUGUCGGCUUGGCCGGCCUUUCACACUUGACAAUGUGUGCUGAAAUGAUGGACUGGUCCCGUCGGAGCUACGGUGCCGCUCUAAAAAUGACAAACGAUGCUCUGAGGGAUCCGGUUGAGGCAGUCAAGGACACCACCAUGUUGUCCAUCCUCGUCUUGGGCACCUACGAAAUGUUGAGCGGUCGUACGAACCAGACAGUGAGAGCAUGGCAAAACCAUCUCAACGGUGCCUCCGCUCUAGCCAAGAUGCGGGGCCUCGGCCAGUUCAGAACCAGAGCAGGAGCACGAAUGUUCAUGAUGCUGACGCAGAUCGUCCUCAUCAACUGUAUGCAGAGAGACAUGCCCAUGCCGCAGUCUCUAAUCGACCUCCGGAACCAGCUGGGUAUGCUUUCGGGCGGAACUGAUCCUGGCUGGCGAUUGUCCGGCCCUAUAUACAAGGUCAUGCAGUUGCGGUACGAAAUCAACAGCGGGAAACUUAACCAGACGGCUGAUAUCAUCAAUCAACUGUCCAACGUCGAUCAAGACUUCGCGGAUGUCAUUGCCGAUUUGCCUGAAACAUGGAGGUACAGAUCCGUGAGGAUUACGACUGCACACCCUGCCGUAUUCGAUGGCCAUCGCUGUGAUGUAUAUGCCACGCUAGGACUGGCUGCAACCUGGAACGGCGUCCGAUCGAUAAGAAUGAUGGUACACGAGACCAUCCUUGGAGAGCUCUUCAAAUGCUUCCAGGGUCAACACAUCAUGCUUUGGCCGUACGAAGCAAAAUUGCAGCUGGCAAAGUCUGUCGAAUUGUUGGAGAAACUUUGCGAAACAGUGUUGGCGAGUAUUCCUCAACAUUUCGGCGUCGUCAACUUCAGAGACGCCAUGUUUGGAGGCGGCGGCUCAACGUCAGCCAUUGUUCCAGCAACGAGAUCACCGUCUCGAAUUGUGCGGUCUCCUUCAAUUUCUGCAUCGUCGUCUUCGCCGUCGUCCGUGGCCGAGUCAGCGCCUAGCCCGAGGGUUUUCAAUGGCCCAACUUUGCAAGACCCAACCUACGCAAAGGGCCGCAGUAACGAUGCCGAGCGGUUCAUGACUCUCGCCUCCGCGAGCAAUACAAUCGUGUGGCCGUUGUACUUGGUUGGCGUGUCAUCAUGUUGCACGCAAGUGGUCAAAGACUUUGUCGUCGACCGAUUGAAAGCAAUACUCGAAGAGUCGGGGUUGAUGCAAGCUCAUGGAGUGGCACUCAUGGUUCGGGACAAAGAGGUGUAUAUACCGUGGUCUGAUGUAUCCUGGAACCGGAUGCCACAGACACAUAUACCGUCAGACUUGAUCGUGUAG